UGACUAAGAAUGUGGCCCAUGGAGCAUUUUUGGUCUUGCGGUAAAACAGAUGGUUUGUUGCCUGAGGUGUCGAUCUUUUUUUAAACGCGCCCGGGCCUUCAACACUUUGUCAUUUCCUGAAAGCGAGAUGGGAAUCGAACCUGAGGGGCCAGUGGUACCAUUGGUAUCAAUUCCAGCUCCUUGGUGCCUGACACAAAAAAAUGCUGGAGCUCACAGCUAAUCAGACCAUUCUAAUGGCCGCAUUUGGCUUCUCCAUACUCUAGCCGCUGGCUGCCAUCCAAUACCCGUGGAGUAUGAGGCUCCGCUAGGUCUUGACAUCAUGACUUUGCAGCAUAUCGAAUUGGAACAUUGCAUCUAUGGAGCCAGGUUAUAGAUUAUGGCUCAGGGCAACCAAUGGAAUGGGCGUCGAGACCGGCGAUGUUCACAGUUGCGAUCAUGAAACCUGUGAGGCAUACCACGUAUAAGGGGCAGUGAUGCACUCGAACUUUGUCCAUUUCUGAUAAAAUUUAUUACAAUCAUAUAACCUCUCAGUUGUGCCUAUUUUGAGUAACUACCAAUCUCAUCCCUCUCAAAAGUAAAUCUUGCCAUUCUUUGCAAGAUGGGCGACAAAGAUGAAGAACCCGAGAUCACCCCUGCCAGCUCCCCAGCCAGCUCCCCAGCCAGCUCCCCAGCCAGCUCCCCUCCUCACGGCCGAUCAAGCUCCGAGGCAGUCCCUGACAAUGAAAGGGCUGUAUUUGAAUACCUCCGCCCAGAAGACCGGGAAGAAUUGACCCGUAUCGCCUCCAACUUUCCGCGGCACCGCGCUGCAGACUCUGGAGUUGCUGGCAUGGGCGGCAUCGAAAGGAGAGAUACCCUGGAAGAUGUCGAGCUCGGCGACCCGGUCCUCGAUCCUACGAGCGACCAAUUCGACCAUUACAAGUGGGCGAAGAUGACGCUGAAGCUGAUGGACAAGCAAGGCGUGCCUCUGCGCAAAUCAACGGGAGUUGUCUGGGAGAAUCUGAAUAUCGCUGGCUCAGGCUCUGCCCUGCAGUAUCAGAACAAUGUUGGAUCGGUACCCUUAGCCCUAUUUCGACUGCAAGAGUACAUCUCCUUCGGGAAGAGCCGUUCGCAGAAACAAAUUCUUCGCAACUUCGACGGCGUGUUGAAGAGCGGCGAGCUGCUGAUCGUCCUGGGACGGCCCGGUAGCGGCUGCUCUACCUUUCUGAAGACCUUGUCUGGAGAACUGCACGGGCUCAAAGUGGGCAAGGGCUCCGAUAUUCAGUACAAUGGUAUCCCCAUGGAGCGAAUGCAUCGCGAAUUCAAAGGCGAGGUUCUCUACAAUCAAGAGGUCGAUAAGCACUUUCCGCACCUCACAGUCGGUGAGACGCUGGAGUUUGCGGCUGCAGCACGUACCCCCGAGAAUCGCCUUAAUGGAGUCAGUCGAGUCAAGUUUGCCAAGCAUAUCACGCAGGUUGCAAUGGCUGUCUUUGGCCUCAGCCACACGUACAAUACCAAAGUUGGCGAUGAUUAUAUCAGAGGUGUUUCGGGAGGUGAACGAAAACGAGUUAGUAUCGCCGAGAUGGGAUGUAAGUUGCCAAGCCUAGUUGUGAAGUCCACCCUGAUACCUGAUACAAUCUGACCCCGUUAGUGUCCGGAGCCCCAGUUGGAGCUUGGGAUAAUAGCACGCGUGGUUUAGAUUCUGCGAGCGCCCUAGAAUUUGCCAAGUCACUGCGAGUUUCAGCCAACCUCACUGGCUCUUGCCAUGCGGUUGCAAUCUAUCAAGCCUCUCAAGCAAUUUACGACGUCUUCGACAAGGCCAUUGUGUUGUACGAAGGAAGAGAAAUCUUCUUCGGUCCUUGCGGUGCGGCCAGGGACUAUUUCAUCGAUAUGGGCUGGGAAUGUCCUCCUCGCCAAACGACCGGUGACUUCCUCACUUCAGUGACGAAUCCGCAGGAACGAACACCUCGGGCGGGUAUGGAAAACAAGGUCCCUCGUACUCCGGACGAAUUUGAGGCGUACUGGAAGAAGAGCCCCCAGUGCGGCUCCCUUCAAAAGGAAAUUGCACAGUAUCGCGAGGAUUACCCACUCGGUGGCACUGCAGGGCGAGACUUUGACGAGACCAAGCGAAUGCGACAGGCAAAGCAUGUUCGGCCGAAGAGUCCAUAUGUCAUCUCUGUUCCCAUGCAGGUCCGCCUUUGCGUGAAAAGAGCUUAUCAACGCAUCUGGAACGAUAAGCCUUCUACUUUGACGACCGUCAUUGGACGAAUUUUCAUGUCCUUGGUCAUCGGUUCGAUUUAUUUUGGAACUCCAAACGCGUCCGCGGGUUUCCAGAGUAAAGGCGCCGCUCUGUUCUUCUCAGUUUUGAUGAAUGCUCUUAUCAGUAUUACCGAGAUCAACUCGCUCUACGAUCAACGACCGGUAAUCGAGAAGCAAGCCUCUUAUGCUUUCGUGCAUCCCUUUGCGGAAGCCUUGGGAGGGAUUGUCGCAGACAUACCAGUUAAGUUUGUGUCAGCGGUGGUAUUCAACAUCAUCUUCUACUUCUUAGCAAGCCUGCGAUAUGAACCUUCUCAAUUCUUCAUCUUCUUCCUCUUCACCUUUCUCAGUACGCUGACAAUGUCGGGGGUCUUCCGAACUUUAGCAGCAUCAACCAAGACCCUGGCACAAGCUAUGUCCAUGGCUGGAGUCAUUGUGUUGGCCAUUGUCAUCUACACGGGCUUCGUCAUUACCGCGCCUGAGAUGAGCAAAAUUCCUUGGUUCAGCUGGAUCCGUUGGAUCAACCCGAUUUUCUACACCUUCGAGGCCCUGGUCGCAAACGAGUUCCACGGACGUGAAUUCGAGUGUUCUCAGUUCAUUCCUGGAUACCCUAAUUUGACCGGCAACUCUUUCAUCUGUGCCGUUCGUGGCGCUGUUGCAGGAGAAAGAACCGUGUCUGGAGAUGCCUACAUCCAAACCCAGUACAAGUACAGCUACGCGCAUAUUUGGAGAAAUCUGGGUAUCCUUAUCGGCUUUUGGAUCUUCUUCAUGGCAUUAUACCUGAUUGCCUCUGAGCUCAACUCUGCUACAUCUUCUACCGCCGAAUUCCUCGUCUUCCGAAGAGGUCAUGUGCCUGCACAUUUGCGACAUCUCGAGAAAGGUGGAAAGGCAGGGAGUGCAGCUGAGGUUGCCCCUGCCACAAACAACUCUUCCGAGAAAGGGGGCACGUCCGCUAUUCCAUCCCAACAUGACAUCUUCACUUGGCGAAACGUGUGCUACGAUAUCCCUGUCAAAGGUGGCCAGCGACGACUCUUAGACAACGUCUCUGGAUGGGUUAAACCUGGAAGCCUUACAGCUUUGAUGGGUGUCUCGGGUGCUGGAAAGACUACUCUUCUUGACGUUCUAGCCAAGCGUGUCUCAAUUGGAGUCGUGACUGGUGAUAUGCUCGUCAACGGCAAGCCUCUGGACACUAGCUUCCAGAGGAAGACUGGUUAUGUCCAACAGCAGGAUCUUCACCUCCCGACCACGACUGUUCGCGAGGCGUUGCGGUUCAGUGCUACGCUUCGUCAACCAAAGUCUGUGUCAAUGAAGGAAAAGUACGAGUAUGUGGAAGACGUCAUUGACAUGCUCGGAAUGCAAGACUUUGCAGAUGCAAUCGUGGGUAUUCCAGGAGAGGGAUUGAACGUGGAGCAGCGCAAACUUUUGACUAUUGGGGUUGAACUCGCCGCGAAGCCUGCGCUUCUCAUUUUCCUCGAUGAACCGACUAGUGGACUGGAUUCUCAAAGCUCGUGGGCCAUCUGUGCGUUCCUGCGAAAGCUGGCAGAGCAUGGUCAGGCCGUUCUUUCAACGAUCCAUCAACCUUCUGCCUUACUUUUCCAGCAAUUUGAUCGUCUACUCUUCUUGGCGAAGGGAGGAAAGACAGUCUACUUUGGCGAACUCGGUGACCAGUCUCGAACUCUCUUGGAUUACUUUGAAAGCAAUGGAGCAAGGGUCUGUGGCUCCUCUGAGAAUCCGGCCGAAUAUAUGCUUGAAAUCAUCGGCGCUGGUGCUUCAGGUAAAUCCUCAAAGGAUUGGUCUGUUGUGUGGAAAGAGAGUCAACAGGCAAAGGGAGUGCAAGCAGAGAUUGAUCGAAUCCACAAUGAAAGAGCGUCGGCAACCCCGAGUGAGGAUGGAUCUCCGCAUGGUGAAUAUGCCAUGCCAUUCUUCUCACAGUUGUGGUGUGUCACACACCGUUCAUUCCAGGGCUUUUGGCGCGAGCCGAGCUAUGUGUGGGCCAAGAUACUGCUUGCCACCUUGUCGUCUCUUUUCAUUGGUUUUACGUUCUUCAAGCCAGAUAGUUCACUUCAGGGAUUCCAGGAUGUUCUUUUCAGCGCCUUCAUGCUGACUUCAAUUUUCUCGACGCUGGUUCAGCAGAUAAUGCCCAAGUUUGUAGUUCAGAGAUCCCUUUAUGAGGUCCGCGAGCGUCCGUCCAAGGCCUACUCAUGGGCCGCAUUCCUCAUCUCCAACGUCAUCGUCGAGAUCCCCUAUCAAGUCUUUGCCGCUAUAAUUGCAUGGGCUUGCUACUACUACCCAGUCUAUGGAGCGGCGCAAUCCUCGCAGAGACAGGGUUUGAUGCUUCUGUUUGUCGUUCAGUUUUACAUCUUCACAUCUACCUUUGCGGCUCUCGUCAUUGCAGCUCUUCCUGAUGCAGAAACUGGUGGCACCAUUGCGACGCUGAUGUUCAUCAUGACUCUCACUUUCAACGGAGUCCUGCAGCCACCAAGCGCUUUGCCAGGAUUUUGGAUCUUCAUGUACAGGGUUUCCCCACUGACUUACUUGAUCUCGGGUAUCACAGCGACUGGUUUGCAUGCUAGGCAGAUUGUGUGCUCUGAUGCCGAGCUGAGCGUAUUCAAUCCCCCAUCUGGCCUCACAUGCGGUGCAUAUUUAAAUCCGUAUGUCACUGCCUCAGGGGGACAGCUUUACAAUCCCACGGCUACAAGUAACUGCCAGUACUGUCAACUCAGUAACGCGGAUCAAUACCUUGCUUUGAGCAAUAUUUACUACAGUGAACGCUGGCGCAAUUUUGGAAUUGGAUGGGCAUAUAUCGGCUUCAAUAUCUUUGGCACUGUGCUCAUGUACUACAUGUUCCGUGUCAAGCACUACAAUCCCACAUCGUUCGUGAGAGGGAUUCGUAAUGGUGCCUCGCUCUUCUGUCGUGUGCUCAAGCGUCGCUCUGGCACGACGCCCCAGGGUAAAGAAGCGGACAACGGUAGGUUGGUUUAAGCGGCUUGUGAUAAGAUGGUGGUCAUAUAACCACUGCGGAGAUUUCCGCCACCGGCGUCCUGUUGUCUCUUCUUCUUCCUUUCUUGUUAGGCGGGUCUCUUUCUGGGAGGUCUUCUCUGGCUGUGUGGGAUUUUUUUCCCUCCAUUUUCUUCCUGUCUGAUGAUGGGUUUCUUGAUAAUUACUCAAUUCACCACAUGUCUCUCAAAUUGAUGUAAUAUUACUCCUUGGCGACUCUCGAGGGUCUGAAAAUUUCCACUAAUAAUCACGGCUAUAUUAUCCUAUUAUGAGCCAUGACCUGCAUAAUUUUAGUGUCAAUAUAUUUGUACGCACG